CGUGAGUCGUGGAUGAAAACUACUAGUAUAUAUUUAAAUAAUAUAACAAUUAUUAUAAUAUAUCAAAUUAUAUCAUGGUAUAUAAACAACAAUUGGUACAAACUCACAUGGCGGUCAGCUGUGUCAUUUAUAUAAAUACUGUUUCUUAGAACAACAAAAUAUAAUUUCAGGUAUGAUUACCAUCGUAUUAUUUAUGUUAUAUUUUAUACAUUUUAAAUAGACCAAAAACUGAGAACCUUUGAGUAAUUAUAAAUAAAAACUACCUCCUAAUAUAAAAAUUAUAUUAAGUUAUUUAUUAGCCUGCCCCGUGGGGGUAUAAUUUGAUUAUUCGACCGGCCCAUCAGAGAAUUUCCCGAUCUCUCGAUCUUCCAGUCUGCCCCUUGUUCCAAUCUUACCGUUUUAACCCUACCAACCUUACAGUCUAAUUACCUCCGUCGUGCGCGAAACCAUAAUCCAAUAAAAAAAAAAAAUUCGGAAAAAUAAUUUGCAGAAUAUUUACCGCCGUUGGAUUAUUUGUACAACGGCAUCUUCAAACGGAAACCCGGUCAGUUCAUAACGGAUCAGAAUAACAGAAAUUUACUUUACAACGCGUUCUACCAACAUUUCGUUUUGCAAUUUUUCGAUGCAAAUUUCAACUUGACGGUUCGUAAUACCUACUAACUACAAAAUAAUAAUAACGAGUUAAUGAUAAGAUGCGGGCGCGUUUAAAGCGAUAUGCUGUAUCACCAACUAAGAAAACUUAUGUUGAAUAAUAAUUGUGUAUUGCCCGCAUCAUAUUAUAGGUGACGGCCUCUCAAUUGUACGGCAGUGACCCUGUGUCGGAGAGAUCGAUGAGAUCGUUCUACAGCGGUAAACUCAAGACACUGAAAUUUGAUUACAAACAUUAUGCGCCGAACCAGAAGUUCGCACUACGCUCAAAUGUAUUCUUAAAUGCUUUGCGGAAUUUUGAAUACUUACCAAAGGAGAUUGGCUUGAAAUUCAAACGGUCCGAGAUGUUGAGCACGAGCCUAUUCGUACUGUCGACACUUUGGGUACGUGAACACAACCGAGUGUGCGACGAGUUGUCACGGAAGUCGCCGUCGUGGACGGACGAAAAACUGUACACCACGGCCAGGAACAUUGUAACCGGUCAAAUGAUGACCAUCAUGAUGAACGAAAUCCUAAAUGUGGAACUGAGACCGGAAGUGUACCAUCAUCGAAUGGAAAACAUCAGUGCUUCCGGCACGCCUAUUGAACUGUAUUUGACGAUGACUUUAUUAAGUCUGCCGGAAAAAUUGCAAUACAGUUCAACUAAAUUAACGCCAUUCAAUAAAUUCAGGUAAAUCCGACUAUUGAUAUCACUUAAAAACCAUACACGAAAACUGUUUACCCUUAUGAAUGUUAUGUUUGAUCGAUAAUUAUAUUUGCAGAGUAGGGUGCGUGUAUAGGUAAUAGGUAUAUAGUGUAUAAAAAGCUUUUUGCCGGUACCAACUCAGAUAAUUAAUGAUUUAACUUUUAAGGGCGUCGAAGAAGAUUCUUUUUUAGUACCUAUACAA